GAAAAAUAUAUACAUUGUAGUGUGUAAGGUAUAGCUAGCACCAUGCCUAAGGCCGAAGUGGGAUCGGCAAAGUAUGUGGCCAACAAGGCAAAGUCCAAGGGGCUGCAGAAGCUCAAGUUCUUCUGUCAAAUGUGUCAGAAACAGUGUCGAGAUGACAACGGCUUCAAGUGUCACAUCAUGUCGGAGAGCCACCAACGGCAAAUGGAGCUGUUUACCGAAAACACGGAAGAGUAUCUGGAUAGUUUUUCACU